GCCUGUGGGUUUAAAUUCAUUAGGAGGAAGUGACAAGAGUGACACCUGGGAAGAUGCCCCUAGUAAGCUUAGAUAAUCAAACAAUAUUGUAAGUCUUUUUUUUUUUUUUCUUGCCUGUGGCCUCAUCUGAGAGUGUGGACUGCACUUGUGUGCACAUCUGUGCCUGUGCCUGUUUUGCCAACAGCUUUCCAUUAUAGUCUGUCAAUGCUAAGGGCUGUUCAAAGCUGGAGGAUCUGUGUUUCUAGUACAAGAGAACUUUCAUCUGGAAUGCCUACUGGUAAAAUGCCUGAGUCAUGAAGACUGGGGCCACUGUUUUUAUUCUUGGGAGCCUGGUAUUGAUAACCUACCUGCCUUUGGUGUUGAUGUCACCUAAAACAUUGGCCAUCCCUGAGACGUUACAACAAGCUGUGGGGAGAGUCAUUGUCAAUGCCACCACGUGCACUGUUACGUGUGGCCUUGGCUACAAGGAAGAGACCGUCUGUGAGGUGGGUCCUGAUGGAGUGAGGAGGAAGUGCAAGUCCCAGCGUUUGGAAUGUCUGACCAACUGGAUCUGUGGGAUGCUCCAUUUCACCAUUGUCCAUGGGCAGAACUUUGAGCUGAGCUGUCUCAGCUCAGACAUCCUGGAGGUGGGGCAGGAAGCUUUCCGCUUCACCUGGAAGCUUGCCCGGGGCAUCAUCUCUACUAAUGAUGAGAUUUUUAAACCCUUCCGAGCUAACUCUCACUUUCUGCGGUUUAAACCUGCCUAUGAGUAUGACUCUGGGACGUACCGCUGUGAUGUGCAGCUGCUAAAGAGCUUGAGAUUUGUCAAGAGGAUCUAUUUUGGGCUCAGGGUCCUUCCUCCAAAGCUGGUAAACCUGAAUUUCCAUCAGUCCCUUACUGAGGACCAGAAGUUAGCAGAUGAGGGCUGGGAAGUUAAUUUCGACAACCAAUCUAAGCCUCACCUCCCAAAGUGGCAGAAGAAGGUGGCAUCAGCCUUAGGCAUAGGGAUUGUUGGUGGAGUGGUUGGUGGUAUUUUGGUGAGCAUUGCUGUCCGCAGGGGCAUGGAUGGCAGGAACACCCUCAGCAGCUUAUAGUCUGUGUCUUACUCCUGGGAGGCUGGCUGCCUAGGAAACUGAGAUAGCUUGUGCAUGAGUGUCCCGUGCAAGAAAGGACUCUUGAAGCCAGAAGUUGGCUAGGAGGCUUGGAGGAUGCAACCUCAUAGUAGUUCAGGACAGCAAUAUCCAUCAUCAUGUUCAGGACUCCUUGAUACUGGGUGCCCAGAAGACCCACUGCAGGCUUUGCUUCUGAUCCUUGGCAUGGUUCUGUCUUCCAAGCCUGCAUUUAUUUCACACCUCCCAGUCUGUGUGCCACUCACCCUGACUCCACCUCUCUGAACAGUGUAUGGACUAUAAUGUGCUAAUAGCAGCUUUUUAUUUUGAGAAACUUUAUUUUUGUCCAAUAAAAAUAAUUCACAGUAA